CUUCUCUUCUUCGACUGACAAGCACGAGUUGCCCGCACGACACCCAACAUGGCUCCAAUCUCGUACUCCAAGACCUACAAGGUCCCACGUCGUCCCUUCGAGGCCGCUCGUCUUGACUCCGAAUUGAAGAUCGUCGGCGAGUACGGUCUGCGCAACAAGCGCGAGGUGUGGCGUGUCCAGCUCACCCUCUCCAAGAUCCGACGUGCUGCCCGUCAGCUGCUCACCAUGGAUGAGAAGGACCCAAAGCGUCUCUUCGAAGGAAACGCCCUCAUUCGCCGUCUGGUCCGUGUCGGUGUCUUGGACGAGUCCCGCAUGAAGCUCGAUUACGUCUUGGCCCUCAAGAUUGAGGAUUUCUUGGAGCGUCGCCUGCAGACUUGUGUCUACAAGCUCGGACUCGCCAAGUCCAUCCACCACGCCCGUGUCCUGAUCCGCCAGCGCCACAUCCGCGUCGGCAAGCAGAUCGUCAACGUCCCAUCGUUCAUCGUCCGUCUCGAUUCCCAGAAGCACAUCGACUUCGCCCUCACCUCGCCGUUCGGUGGAGGUCGUCCAGGUCGUGUCAGGAGAAAGAAGGCCAAGGCCGCUGAGAGCAAGGGUGACGGCGAUGAUGCCGGCGAGGAGGAGGAGGAGUAAAUCAUGCCUCGUCAGCCGUAGCCGAAUUAUCAAAAAUUCACGAUACCAAUGGGAAUGCAAGGACAAGGACGGCGUUCAGAUAGUGCUGGGUCAAAUGCACUUGCGGCACACAGUUAGCUGCCACUUUCAAUCAAAACUGCUGAGUUCAUGGUUCCCUGCA